CCCCAGUGCUGAACAGAGGGGAAGAAUCACUGCCCUCCACCUGCUGGCACCGCUCCUGCCAAUGCGUCUAGGUUGCCGUUUGCCUUCUUGGCAACAAGGGCACACUGCUGGCUCCUGUUCAGCACUGGGGACAAGUCACUAAACACAUCAGGUCCAUGCUCAGCAGUCAGUGAACAGGCAAACAGGUUUGGGACAAUGAAGAAAGGAACUGUGAGCACAACAGGAAGCAUCAUGAGGCCCCUUUAUAAGCCCAUAAGGUGUCCACACCUUGAAUUGGUGCCCAGCUCUGGUCCCCACAGCCCCGGGAGAGUAAAGAGCUGCAUAAGGUGCAGAGCAGGGCAGCAAGGAGGCCGGGGGCUGCGGAGGGGCUUCCCUAGGAGCAGAGACUGAGGCCAGGCCUAGGAGAGAUGCUGGAGGGAACAGGAGCAGGAUCUGCACUGCACUGAAGGGGGAAGAGAAAGUCCCCGGGGUUUAUUCCUGCCUGUCUCUGCCCAGACAGAGCUGGGUCCCGGCACAGGACAAGCAGGCUGGCAACUGCCAACCAGGCCCAGGCCGUCCUGUCCCCCCAUGGGGCAUUCAAGGGGGGACUCGUGGCCCCAGACGUGGUUGGAGCUGAGAGCGCAGCCGGAUCCACCAGGGACUGGACACGUGCAGGGAGGAAAGGGGCACGGGGAGCGCUGGGGCAGGGAGCGAGGGGCACGGCCUCUGCACCAGCCCUGCCGGGACCCUCUGUGCUGGAAGAACAGGGGAAAGCCCUGCUCGGCCGCCAGCUCCGCUCUGCCCCGGGACAUGGGAGACGGGGCAGGACGGACCUGGGGCUGAGCCAGGAUGUGGCAGCUCAGUUGUUCUUAAUUCAUGCAGGGGGGCACAGAAGGGCCCUUCUGACCGCCCAGUCAGAGGGUGCAACACCCUGAGCUGUGUUUGCUGUCUUCAGGCUGCCAGCCAGUCGAGGGCCCUGGGGUCUUCCAGGCUUCUGGGCUUUGCUGGUUGCCACGUGUGGCCAGGAAGGGAUUUCUCCCCCUCCUGUUGCUGCGGGUAUUGGUUUUUCCGUCCCUCAGCAGCGCUGGGUGCUGGCUGCAGCCCAGGUUGGGGCUGUGCCAAUGCUCCUGCUGGGACUCAGCCCUGCAGGCUACAGGCUCUUGCCCUCCACUCACAGCGCCUUGGGGAGGGGGCAGGCAAGGGAUCUGUCUCCUGUUCAACCUGGGGGGUUCCCCUCCCUCUGCAGCGGGGACACGGCCUGGGCCUGGGCUCUCUCCACCACCCACCAACCCCCUGGCAGCAGCAGGACGUUGGCAGACCUGGUCCCCCCCCUUUCUCAGGGACAGGGGCAUCGUGCGGCUCUGAGGUUGCACAUGGGGUUGGUCUGGGCUGGUUUGGACAGGGCUGAUCCCGCCCCGGGUUGGGGGUUGGACUCCACGUGACCUCUGGAGAUCCCUUCCAGCCUCGCUGCUCCGAUUGUGAGCAGCCUGUGGGGAGAGCUGCACGUGAGUGGCUGUUCACUGUGGCCGUUUGGCUGCCGGGGACCCAGUGAACUGAGACGCAGCCGGGCAGGGCACCAAGCUCCCAGUCUGGCUCUCUGGAGACAACCCUCAGAGGUAACAGCUCAAGCAUGGCCAGCAAGGACAGGGUGCUACUCCGAGCAAGACCAGCAGCGUAGGAGCGGGAUGAGUGACCAGAGGAAACCCUCCCACUGCUAGCGCUUGACCCCACUGCACUGGCAGAUGCCUCGCUUGACUUCGGCUCCCACUCCGCAGUCUCGGCUCUGGACCGCGAUGCUUCUGCAGGCCGCGGCCUAGCCCCCGCCAUGCCUUUCUCCGACUUCGUGGCAGCCCUCAAGGACAACCCCUACUUCGGCGCAGGCUUUGGCCUGGUAGGGGUGGGCACGGCCCUGGCGCUGGCCCGCAAAGGGGCCCAAGUGGGGCUGGUGGCUUUCCGGCGCCACUACAUGAUCACGCUGGAGGUGCCCAGCAAGGACAAGAGCUACCAGUGGCUGCUGAGCUGGAUCUCGCACCAUGCCCGGCGCACCCAGCACCUCAGCGUGGAGACCUCCUACCAGCAGCACGAGAGCGGGCGUGUCACCACCAGGUUCGACUUCGUGCCCAGCCCAGGGAACCACUUCAUCUGGUAUGGAAGAAAGUGGAUCCGCGUGGAGCGCAACCGCGAGAAGCAGAUGAUUGACCUGCACACGGGGACGCCCUGGGAGUCGGUCACCUUCACUGCGCUGGGCACCAACCGUGACAUCUUCUUCAGCAUCCUUCAGGAAGCCCGGGAGCUGGCUCUGCGGCAGCAAGAGGGGAAGACGGUGAUGUACACGGCAAUGGGCGCCGAGUGGCGGCCGUUCGGGUUCCCGCGCCGGCGCCGCCCGCUCGCCUCGGUGGUGCUAGAUGAGGGCAUUGCGGAGCGGAUCGUGCAGGAUGUGCAGGAGUUCAUCGCCAGCCCCCAGUGGUACAGUGACCGAGGGAUCCCCUACAGACGUGGCUACCUGCUCUACGGGCCUCCAGGCUGCGGGAAGAGCAGCUUCAUCACAGCCCUGGCCGGGGAGCUGCAAUACAGCAUCUGCCUGCUGAGCCUGAGCGACCGGAGUCUGUCCGACGACCGCCUCAACCACCUGCUUAGCGCAGCCCCACAGCAGAGCAUCGUGCUGCUGGAGGACGUGGAUGCUGCCUUCGUCAGCCGGGACCUGGCUGCUGAGAACCCGACGGCGUACCAGGGCAUGGGCCGCCUCACCUUCAGCGGCCUCCUCAACGCGCUGGACGGCGUGGCCUCCACCGAGGCCAGGGUCGUCUUCAUGACCACGAACCAUGUCGACAGGCUGGACCCGGCGCUGGUGCGGCCGGGGCGCGUGGACCUGAAGCAGUACGUGGGACCCUGCUCGCGCUGGCAGCUCACCCACAUGUUCCAGCGCUUCUACCCCGAGCAGUCGUGGGCAGCAGCCGAGCGCUUCGCCGACCAGGCCCUGGCCGUCUCAGACCAGCUCAGUGCUGCACAGGUGCAGGGGCACUUCAUGCUGCACAAGGCGGAUCCUCCCGGGGCCAUCACGGAUGUCGGGGCCUUGGCACCGUGAGCUGCAGCCAGCCCUGGGGAACUGGCGUGACCGUGGGCACGGGCCCAGGCCCAGAUCUCUUCUCUUCCUACCUCCACAUGGCCUCAAGCUCCUGCUAGCCAGGACAUGCCAAAGCCAGGGGCCACCCCAACCUGCCAGGGUUGCAAGCUGCGCCCCCCGAAAAGCCAGCUGCUAGCCUGCAGGACCUACCUCUGCCCAGAGCCAGCUGCCAAGCCCUGGCUGGAUGACCUGAAGGGAGCUUGAGCCUGUGAGUUCAGCACAAGUCCUUGCCUCCGGCAUGGAAGAGCCUGGCACAGAGGGAGCUGCAGACACAUCCCAGCCCAUGGGCCGGGGGGGCAGUGCUGCCUGCGGGGGGUGUGGAAGGGACCAGGCGCAUCUUGCGCAGCCUGGGGGUCCCGGCAGGGCUCGGUGGGGAGCUGCUGAGGAGCUUGAGGGUGAAUCUGAGCCCCACGCCUGCCAGUUUAAACCGUUUUCCAGUG